AUGUCGUCCUCGAGAAAUGAGGACUCUGAUGUUGCUGAACUGGAGACCGGGAACCGAUCUAUGCGUGAUCUGGAGGCUGAGGGCCUGAACCUACAUCACAAAAAGAUGUAUCGCAGAUUCUGUCCAUAUGGAUUUUUCAGGAUGUGGGAAAAGAAAAAAACACAAACCUUCACACAUAGUAAUUCAGCACCGGCAUCACCAUUCCAGCCAAAAGAUGGUAAAGCUUUUAGAAAUCUGCCAAGAGAUCAACUAGGCGGUGUUAUAUUUGGGUGCAAAAAUACUACAAUAAGAGAGUGUCUCGAAAAGCAACUAGUAGGUUUGCCUAGCGCACACUUUAUAUAUGUGAAAAAUGUAAAUCCUGGUUUGCCAGUGUUCUUGUUCAACUACGACGAUAAGAAGCUCCACGGAAUCUUUGAGGCUGCAAGCUCUGGUCAAAUGCUAAUCAAUCCAUAUGCUUGGAAAAAUGAUGGUGAUGAAAGAACACGAUUUCCUGCACAGGUUCAGAUACGUGUCCGUCUGCAUUGUGUACCACUGCAAGAAGAUAUGUUUAGACAAAUAAUUAAGGAUAACUAUUUUAAGCAGAAUCAUUUCUGGUUUGAGCUAGAUCAUACUCAAUCUAGUAAAUUGAUCUCGCAACUCUCAUCUCUUGCAUAUGCUCCGAGUAGCACACCACAUUAUCCAGAACUCUGGAGAAGUCUAAUCCAAAGCUCACCUGCAAAUAACAAGAGAGCAGAAAAUAGAUCUUCUGAACCACAAAAAUUGAUAAAUAAGCCAUCCAGUUCCAUUGAUUCUCAAGCUGCAUUGGAUGAGAAGAGUUUUAUAUACAUGAAACUUAAAGAAAUAGCUCUUGAUCGUGAAUGGCCAGCGCUCUCCAGAAACGGGCAUGCAGAGGAAAACACCAAUGAAGGGAUAAGUUAUAAUGAUGCAAGGAUUGAUCAAGCAGGUUUUAUGGAACCACAGCUUCCUGGAGAAGAGAAGAAUGAAGAAGGCAAUUGUGACUUGGCUGGUUAUCCUCCUUUUGUAGCUCAGCUGCUGAAAGAAGUGAAAGAACUGAAUGCUUUUAAGGAACAGCACUCCCAAAAAAUGACUGGCCUGGAGAAGAAGCUGGCUAAUGCACAAGAAGAAAUCAAACUGCUAAAAGGUAGAUGUUUGAUGUUGGAGUCCACAAAUCCCUCUCGUACACACGAUAGUGAAAAUGUGGUAGAGUCAGACGAUAUAGUCUGUGAUGAGUCAAUCAUCCUAGCUGGAGGAUUUGAUGGUAAUAACUGGCUAUCGGCCUUGGACUUGUACUCACCGUUGACUGAUAUUUUUAAGCCACUUAGACCAAUGAGUUCAUUUUGGUCAUAUUUUGCAAUUGCAAAUCUGAGUAGGGAAGUCUAUGUAUUUGGUGGAAAAUUCAAGAAGUUGUGGGACAACACAGAAUCUGGAGCUACUUUGAAGGACAAGAUAUUUGCAAUGGGUGGUGGAAAUGGGACUGAAUACUUUGCAGAAGUUGAAAUGUAUGAUCCUCAAGUAGGUCAAUGGAUUCCUUCACGAUCCAUGUGGCAGAAGCGACUUUCUCUUGCAGCAACAGAACUCAAUGGUGCAUUAUAUGCUGUUGGUGGAUUUGAUGGAGACAAAUAUUUGGCGACUGCUGAAAGGUUUGACCCCAGAGAACAUGCUUGGACAAAAAUUGAGAGUAUGAGCACAAAAAGAGCAUAUCAUGCGUUGGUUCCUUUGGGGGGGAAGUUAUAUGCACUUGGUGGUUCUGAUGGGUCUCAAAUGAUGCCAAGCGUUGAGAUAUAUGAUCCUCGUCGGGGAACAUGGAUGAUUGGGGAACCAAUGAACUACUCAAGGGGUUAUGUAACUGCUGCUGCUCUAAAGGAGUCCAUUUAUGUCAUUGGAGGGGCUCAAUCUGAUAAUGAAGUACUAGACACGAUUGAACGUUACAAGGAAGGCACAGGUUGGGAAAUAACCAACUUGAGCGGAGUCGGGAAAAGGUGCUUGUCCUCUGCUAUAGUUUUGGAGGAAGAUUGA